CUUCCCCCUCCAAUUGCCUCUCCAUGGUCCGCGCCCUCCUCCUGCUGCAAUUGCGACUUCUCUUCCAGCGACCCCAGCUCCGCAGCCGACUUCCUCGACCUCAAGGGCCUCACUGGCGACCCCAUGUCCAAGCCGUUGUCGACAUUCCAAGCGCCGCCGCCUCACUUCGACAGUUCCGCCGACAUGAAGCGCGUGAGCUAUGGCGCGAGGGAAGUGAUCCGCAGGGAUAUUGAGGUAAAUGGGACCUACCCACGCACUGUAGAGGCAUUUAGGCAGAAGAUUCUAGCUGUUGAUAGCACUCUUUGCUUCGCCAGAGUACAAUUAUUCUGUCACUGGUACUAAAUUGGUAACUUACGUUAUUUGG